CCCUCUCCCUCUCCGUGUUCUGUUUCCCCUCCACACUCUGUACAGAGAAGAAAUAGAUGGAAUGUUUAAGAAAGUAGAAAGAAAGAAAGAGGGAGACAAAACAAGAUAUCGACUUGCCGUCUGAUCUUCUUAACUUUGUUUCCUUUUUGACUCGCUUUCUCUUUCUCUCUCGUCCCUCGAGUUGCUGAUGCCAACUUUUAUCUUCAGUUCAGAUAGCACUGGCUCCAAUCAAAAAGCUGUGAAGAUAUCAGAUCUGGGUCCUCUUCUCCGACGACAGUAAACGACGGCAAGCGAAAGUGACUUGUCUUGAAUGGAGAGUGGGGCUGUUGGCAAUGGUGGUCAAAGAAGGCUAUUGCUCGCCGAAGGAAGAGUGGAUUCCGGUCACCUCCGCGAUCUUCUACGACUCAAGCAGGACGACGACGACGACAGUAACUCCGAGAAGCGGCUAUUGCCGGCUCGGACUCUGCUCGACAUCAUCCGAGACGACCCGUCCGGCGCGAAAGAGAACAAGAAGAGCUGGAGAGUUUUCAGAGACAAACUCCGUCUCUGCCGCGCCGGCCAUGCCUGGAUCUCCACCGUUCGCACGCCGGCCUCCGAUGUGCCCAUCCCAAACACAAACAGAACGAUUUCGCGGCCAAAUUUGACUCUAUUCCCGACGGGCGCUCUCAACUCUGAAGACCCUUCUUCCCAUUCAAUUCAUCCGUCUACUUCCGGAGAGAAUCGCCCCGAAUUGAAUCAUUUGACGAGCAGCAGAACGGUGAGCCGUUCCGGCCACGGAGCCGAAGGCUCGACAUCGCUCAAUACGAGAGACAAUAAUGUAGGUGAACCUGCGGAUGAAGAGACAGAAGACGGGGCGGGAGAGACGGCGGAGGAGCUGCCGGUGAGGACUUCAUUGAUGGCGUUAUUGGCGGAAUCAGAUGGGCAAUUGAGCUUGGACGGGUCUGGUUUCAUGAUGAACGAUGAGGAAGAUGAAGAGGAGGAGGAAGAAGAGGCAGAGAUUGCAGGUAGAGGAGCGUACAACAAUUGCUGCGUGUGCAUGGUGAGGCACAAAGGGGCAGCUUUCAUACCUUGUGGCCACACAUUUUGCAGAUUGUGUUCUAGGGAGCUUUGGGUUCAAAGGGGGAAUUGCCCUCUCUGCAAUGGCUUCAUCUUGGAAGUUCUUGAUAUCUUCUGAUUGGUUAAACCCGAGCUCUUAGCAUCAGCUUGGAGAGUGGGGAAUCAUUUUCUGUCAUUUUUUUUUAUUGGGAAAUAGUUUAUUUAUUUAUUUUGUUUCGGUAAAUAUGUAGUGUGGUUGUUUGACGAUCGACAUGAAUUAAGGAGGCUAGCAAUUGUUGAUGGGUUUGGCGUUUGGUCCACCUAUUGACCCAUCUGCAAUGCAGUCAACAAUUUUAGCAUAUUGAAGCAGGUCUGUCUUUUAAGUCACAUGUGCAUGUAACAUUAAGGAUUUGUUGUCCUGUUUUUGAGGCGAUUUUCUUCGAUUUCUUG